AUGAUGGUGUCGGUGGUGGUGGUAGCAAAAUAUACAAAAAGGCUGUACUGGUUGGUGGUUGGGGGUGGUCUCCUCUAUAUGAUGCUCAGCACGGCUCAAUCCUUGGUCAGAGCUUUUUUGGACAACUCGUUAUCGUUUUCCAUCGAUACGGCCUAUUUGCACUGGAACACUACCUUUCCAGCCGUGAGUGUUUGCCAAAUUCUGAACGAUGAAACGAUGGCCGAAAUGCUGGAAAACAACCUCGGCCCCGACCGCCCCCACCGCCUGGACAACGUAAUCAGUGAAAUUGCGUUCUACGGUGGCACGUGUCACUCGUGCGAGGAUUGCGCCCGGGGAUUACCACCGACGACCACCUGUCCGGCCAACUUCACCGCCCUGGCCAGCGUCUACCGCCUCGGCUGUCCCGCCCUCCUCGCCGACUGCACCUGGCUGGGACAAAGUUUCGACUGUUGCGAGCUGUUUCGCCCCUUGGCCACCGAGUUUGGCCGCUGCUUCAGCGUCAACUCCCUGAACACCGGUCCGACGACUCCGCUGAUGGUCAACCGUCACACGGGACCGGGUUCGCUGCGAUUCCGAGCCCGCGAAGAUCUCCAACUGUUUCUGCACGACCCGUACUCGGUUCCGUUUGCCUACACCGACCGCGUCCUCAAGGAGACCGUCCUCUGGGGAAUGCACAAGGAGAUUAUCGUCAAAGUGGUCGAGAUGGAGAACGGAGCGAGCUUGGGGGAAGUUCCGGUUGCGCGCCGGAACUGUCGGUUUCCGUGGGAGGUGAUGGACUCAGGGACCCAAUUGUACGCCAGUUACAGCUUUUCCUCCUGUGCCGUGGAGUGCUUUCUGGCAUCACAAGUUGAGUUUUGUAACUGCUCGCACCACCUGAUGCCGAAGCGGUUGAACGCCCACUCAUCCGAAAAUAUUUGCAACUUUGACGGGUUAACCUGUCUGACCGAGCAUUCAGUCAAUAUUUCGCAGCACAGAAAGUUGUGUCCCUGUCUGUCGUCCUGCAUCGAACCGGAAUACUCGGUGGUUUUCAGCUCUGAGAGUGACCAGGAAGAGGACGACUUUGUAACGGUUCGGAUGCUGGAUCUGCCCAACAGCAAAUUUCUCCGCCACGUGGCCAGGACGGAGCUUGAUCUUUUCAUUUCCCUGGGCAGCCUCGUGGGACUGUUUUUCGGGGCGUCUCUGCUGUCGAUCGCAAACGUGGCCUUCCUUGGCUUUCACCGUUUCCGCACGGGUGCCGCCAAUAAAGCGCGACCGGAAUGAGCCGAACUCAAUUAAGAACGCUUCAAGUAGCGGUGAAAUUUGCUUAUUUAUUGCU